AUGAUUGUUUUCUUUCCGGUGAUGAUCAUCGGGGCUGGAGCAGGACUUGGAACCCUUGUAGGUGAAGGAGGAGGGGUCGGUUCUGCUGGUGGUUCUAUUUCAGAUGGUGGCGUAGGUCCUGGUGAUGAUGCAGAAGCCUCGGGUCUGGAUGAAACAAGAACAGGAGAAACAGGGGAUAGAGGUUAUGAAUCUCCCGACUUAGCAUCACGAUAUGUCGCAUGUCUGCGAGGUGGAGUUGUGUUGAUCGACGGUUCAGGAACGACAGUUGGUGUUGACUUGUCCUGGGAUUGUCGAGGAGAGUGGAUGGAACCACUCAAGGGUAUACGAACCUUAGGGUAUUGUGGCGAAGGAGGUGUUGAUGAAUCCUCCUGUGAUGGUUCAGGAAUUGGAUCUGAAUUGUGA